AUCAAUAUUAUCCUCACCCGUUUCCGCUCCGUCGCCUCCGUCGCCUCAUCUAGGGUUUACUUUUCGUCGUCAGCGCCAAGGUUGUUGCGGUCUCCGGCGAGCGAGUGGCGUGCUACACCGGCGAAUCGGCUAUCACAGAUGGGAUACGACGCCAUGGCCAACGACGCGUCUUCCCCGGCGGUAGCCCGCGAAGCCAAGAAGAAGCGGGGGAACCGGUCGGCGAAGCUGAAGCAGAGUAAGCUCGACGUGCGCCGGGAGCAGUGGCUGUCGCAAGUGAAGGAUGUGAAGGAGGUCAAGGCAGUGGCUUCCCCAGCAGCAGCAGCAGCAGGGGCUAGCUCUGGGUCGCCGAUCCUUGCUUCUCCGCACCCUCCCCUCCCUCGCCGGCGUGUCGAGACACCUACCAGGGCAGAGGAGCCAGAAGAGAACAAGGAUGAGCAUGAUGUGGUUAACCAGGAGGCAGGCAGCAGCGAUGUCGACUCUCCGGUGCACAGUCAUGUUUCAUACAAUUCCCCUGGUUGUUCUUCUCAGCGGAAGCAUUCUCGCAUCUAUAGCCCGAGCAGUGGCAGCAGUGCAUGGUCCAGCUCCCGGAGUGUGAGUGAUGCUGAAGACGAAGGAACUGGUGGUGGUGACAAGGAUGAUGAUGAUGAUGUUUUAGAUGAUUGGGAGGCGGUUGCGGAUGCAUUAGUUGAUGACAACUAUAACCACCAGAAUUUAGGUCUAGAGAAACCACCGGUUGCACCCGUGGCUUCUGUAGAGCCUGCUCAUGCAGCAACGAGGCCAGAGCCAAUCAAGACCCAGAGAAGAGCUUGGAGCCCAGAUGAUGAUACCCGUCCACACACUCUGCCCAGUCUCUCCAAGCAGGCAAGCUUCCCAACUAGCAUGGGGAACUGCUGGGUAGGAAUGGGAAUAGGUGCUGCACAAAAGGGUAUCCUCUCAUUCCAGAUGUCCUGCCCUAUAUGCUAUGAGGAUCUUGAUCCAACAGACUCUAGAUUCCUCCCAUGUCCGUGUGGAUUUCAUCUCUGCCUAUUUUGUCACAAGAGGAUUCUCGAGGCGGAUGCACGUUGCCCUGGUUGCAGGAAGCUGUACAAGUCUGCGCCUUUAGACGGAGAAGUUGGAUAUGGACAGGAGACAGAGAAGUUAGCGCAGCUGCGCCUGUCCCGUUCUUGUAGUAUGGGUCCGCGAUACUAGAUUUGCAGAGUUAUUACAUAGUUAAAUGUCAAAAGUUCCUUCUCUUUGCAUGGUACUGUUGUGUAUGCUACUUAUGUUGUUUGUCUUCCCAUAUAAAGAAAUGUGAAUACCGGCAUAGGUGUUGAAUCUCAUUAGUGUUUUCUAGAUUUUUUAAGUCCUGUGCCUGUUUGUUUGUACGUGAUGCAUAUGUUACUGAGAGAACACUUUGUUACUUCUGGCUUGAGAGUUCAUAAGAUCUAUAUAAGGUGUUUGCUAUUUUACUCA